AAACCGUCACGCUAUGUAAUCUGAUUUGGGAUUUCCCUGCUCGUCCGAUGUAAACAAAACAAAAUGGCGGACAGUUUAUCGUACAGUGUGAAAUUAUUCUGUAAUUUAGCAAUUUUCUGCAGUUUUAUUGGCUUAUUUUCCUGUGACAACCGUGUAACAAACAGAUGUCCUGGAAACCUUCCAAAAGACAAAUAUCUACGUGUUUACGGGGACAGAUGUUACAGAUUUAUAACCAGCGAAGUUAGCUGGACAUCAGCACGUGAUCAUUGCAGACGAACAGGAGGGAAUCUAAUUACCAUCACGAGCCGUGGUGUACAGAUUUUUGUUGAACGAACUUUGCACGAGAUUUGGAAGAAAAAUGGAAUGUGGAUUGGUGCUCAUGACAGGGAUUCGGAGAUGGACUGGUUUUGGGUUACGGGCGAAAAGGUGCGCUCAGGUUUCCAGAAUUGGGACAGUGGACAGCCGAGCUGUUUUCUUCUAGACUUCAUGUGCCAUGAAGACUGCGGAUGUCUGAGGUUAGAUAAGGGUUACAAGUGGCACGACUAUCUAUGUGGCUCCUCAUUGUACGAGUACGGAUAUGCCUGCCAAUACAAUUUGCUCCCUGCCCCAAAAACAAUACCAACAACAAGAAAAUUCACCACAACCACCACCACAACCACCACCACAACAACAGCGACCCCAACUACUACAGUAUUACCAACACAAGCACCAACAAGUACAGAAACAACAAGAAAGGAAAAACCAACAAAAUACAAUAGAAAGACAACAGUAAAGAAAACAACAACUACAGCUAAACCUGAAUCAUCAACGGGGCUUAAUAUAUCUAUGUUGGCAGCACCAGGCAACAUGAUAAAUGUGGAAAGUCAAAGAUUAUCGAAAGAAGAGUCUGGUUUUGAAACUGGUGGUAUGGUAGGUCUUGUAGUGUCAUUUGUUCUUGUCUUCAUCGCCGGCCUCGUUGUUGGUGUCUUCAUUUGUAAACGGCGAUACAGGAAGCGUUAUGAAGAAACACUGAAUGUUGGUUUCAACAAUGUUUUAUACACCGCUGCUCCCGCUCAUGAAACACGGCACAAGGUCAAGGACACAAAUGUUAUAGCUGUGUCAGGGGCAGAUGAUUGUACUACUGAUGAUGAAGAUGAUCACAGGUAUAUUGAUAUUGAUGAGAUAGCAGCCGGAGGUCAGUGUGUAGAGUUACCUCCCUGUAAAGAUAUAAACAGUCCUGUAGAGGUCGCAUGCGUCAAAGAAAACAUCUAUGACACUGUCACUACACACGAUGAGGCGGGGCCUGAGCAGGAUGAAACUGGAGCUUGUGGUGAAGAAACCCCACCCCCAUGCCCAGGAACAAAUGUUAAGCAGUUUGCUCCAGAAUUUUUGAAGAAAGACACAGAUGUAUCACAAGCAUAUUCCAAUAACUUAUAUGGAUAUAACAAAUAACCAUAAGGUUGAUAAAACAGGAAAUAUGUACAGUAAGCUAAUUCAGUCAUUUUAUAGCCUCCUUGAAGAAGAGUGUUAUAAUCCUCCAAAACUGAAGUCAUGUAUCGUCCUGUAAUGUGAAGAGUCAUCUUUUGUAGAUGAUCGGCUUAGAUUUAAGUGUUUGCUUCGUUUUGUACCUUUAUAACCAUUGAAUGGAUUAACAGAAAUAUGUUCAGGAAAUAGAUUAUUAAAUGCUGUAUUUGCAAAUAUAUAUCUCAUUUUGCUGAGAAAAAAACAACAGAAGUCUUGUCAUGAUACUUGCUGUUAGACAUGAGGCAAAAUCAAGAAAAUUUGUGAAAAGUCAUACAUGACAAAUUAGAUCAUAAAAUGUCAUUGCAUAGAUAAUAAAACUGAAUACAUUAAAAUGGGAUGUAGGUAAAUUUUAUUUUCCAUUGCAA